CUGUCUAUGAAGCAGAUGCUGCAAGCACAGGAACUCUGCUGGGGAUGGGGGAGCAGAAAGAUGGCAAUCCCGGUGAACACUGUUUGCCAUGGGCAGAAUCUAAAACUAUCUUCAUCAUCAUCAUCAUUUAUAUCCCACCUCUUCCUCCAAGAUGGCACACAUUUCAUUCUUCCUCAGUAACCAGGAUAAAGGUAAAGGGACCCCUGACCAUUAGGUCCAGUCGUGGCCGACUCUGGGGUUGCGGCGCUCAUCUCGCUUUAUUGGCCAAGGGUCAUGCUUUAUUGGCUUCCGGGUCAUGUGGCCAGCAUGACUAAGCCGCUUCUGGCGAACCAGAGCAGCGCAUGGAAACACCGUUUACCUUCCCUCCAGAGAGGUACCUAUUUAUCGACUUGCACUUUGACGUGCUUUCGAACUGCUAGGUUGGCAGGAGCAGGGACCAAACAACGGGAGCUCACCCUGUCAAGGGGAUUCGAACCGUUGACCUUCUGAUUGGCAAGUCUUAGGCUCUGUGGUUUAACCCACAGUGCCACCCGCGUCCCAUAGUAACCAGGAUAAAUGUAGGAAAUUAGAGACUGGUCCACUGGUGCCUGCAACUUUUCUGUGUGACAAGAUACCAGAUAUUGAGGAUCCCUCUGUCACAUCUUCUGCCUAACCCUGGUGAAGAAGGCAAAGACACCAAAUCUUUGGCCCUGUGAACCAAAUCUUGGUUCGGCCACAGUUGAUGAGCUGCUUCUUUUUCUCAGACUCAGUUAUGCUCCUUUACAACCUGUUGAUAAUAAUACUGAUUUACAGCAAUAUAGGCUUGCUGUAAGGAUUAGUGAGCACCCUAAAAGCACUGUUAAAAAUGUGUAGUAAAUUUUAAGAAAUGUGGGCUGCAAUACAGCUGUGAUUCCUGCAUUGCAGGGGGUUGGACUAGAUGACCCUUGGGUCCCUUCCAACUCUAUGAUUCUAAGGCAUGUCUACUCAGAAGUAACCCCCAAAUAAUUCAAUAGGGAUUGCUGUCCUUUCAGUGUGUACAUGAUUGCAACCUUAGCUGAUUAAUCCGUUAGAUCACAGAUGUGGAACCCUGUGGCCACAUGUUGGUAGACUCCAGCUCCCAUCAUUCCUGAACAUUGGAUAUUCUCGCUGGGGCUGAUGGUAAAAUGCCUUAAAGGUCUGCAUGUUAUUUUUGUUAUUUACAUUAUUGUUAUUUUGCAGGACCCUCAAAGCAGUUUUCAUAACAAUAAACAAACUAGAAUAUUAUUAUUAUUUAAUUUGUUGGUCUUAAGCACUUGGCAGUCUUUAGCUGACUUAUAAUCAGAUUCCUCCCCCUUUUUUAUUGUUUUAUCUUUUUCCAUGCUUAUUUCCAUGCUUAUUACAUACAACCCCCCCCCAACAACCUGAAAAGGGGUACAACUUAAGAGGGGAGGGAAAAGGAAAGAAAAUUAAAUUUACACAAUCUGUUAAUAAGAUAAAAAUUAUGACAAAAAUUUGUGAUUGCAAUUUCAUGUUACAAUAAAAAUAACAAUCUCGUUAUCUUUUAUACCUGACCUCCCAUUUAUUCCUUAACUCUUUUUACAUAAAUUUACUGCCAUAUCAAAAUACUAUUUUUAUAUUAAUACUUUCACAAUUUAUGAAUGUUUAUAUUUAUAUAAGCAAUUAAUAAAAACUGCUGGGAUCACUCAAAAGCUGCCACAGAUUUUAAUAUGGUAUAAUUUUGUUUAAAGAUAUGUUCUGAAGGCCUCCCAUUUGGAUACAAAUUCAAUUCUCGGUUUAUUUUUUAUUUUUUCAGAUAGGCUAUCUAAUUCAGCAUAUUCAGUAAAUUUUUGUAUCCCCUCUUGUCUAGAAGGAAUUAUUUUAUUAUUUUAACCUAUUUUAAACUUCCAAAAAUAAUAAUUAAAUCUGACUUAUAAUCAGAUGUUAAAACAUACUAAAUUGGUUUAAUAAAAGAGUAUUGGGAAAUGAUCCAUAAUGAACUGAAAAAAAUGUUUAAAAGUACUUUCCUCCAAAAACCAGAUAAUUCAGAUUGAAAUUCCCAGGUGUCAAAAAACGUUAUUUAUGUACGCUACUACUGGGGCCCAUGUUUUGUUAGCCCAAAAAUGGAAAAUGAGAGAGGUCCCAGCCAAAGAACGGCAACUUAAAUUGACAGAAUAUGCGCAGCUUGCAGACUUAACAUAUAGAAUAAGAGAACAAUAACAGAUGUUACAUAUGUUUAGAGAAGAUUGGAAAAUGUUUAUUGAAUAUAUGGGAAAUAACUGUGCACAGCUGAAAACGCUGGCAGCAUUAAGAUACAUUCAACAGUGUAAAUAAUUUUUGAUGGAUGUAAUAAUGGAAUACUGAAUGGUAUAGUUUUUGUAAAAUAUAAAGGGAUUUAUGAUAUGUAAAAUGAACCAUGGAAAGAUAAGGGAAGUCAUUGAUAUCAUAAGGAUGUAAAAAUGAGUACAUUAAAUUGUAAAACAGAAAAUUGAAUAAUAUAUAUAUAUAUAUAUAUAUAUAUAUAUAUAUAUAUAUAUAACUGGUUUAAAAAUGACAGUAAAAACUAAAGAAGCUACAGCAAGUAAUAACAGUAGCAGAAGACAUAACUAAUAAAAUAAUACAAUAGCAUCAGAAACAAAGAGCAACAACAAUAAAAAGAGAAGCAACAGCAAAUAAUAAUAGGAGGAGACAUAAUAAUAAUAAUAGCAUAAACAAAAGCAGCUAUCAUCUUAUUGUACGACAUUAUCCCGAGUAGAGAGCACCGUUUUGCUGUACGAAAGCCCGGUCCUCGGGUUCAGACAUCUUGCUGUACGGAAAAUAUCCGCAAUGGAGGGCGCCAUGUUGGCGCUACUGAAACCGGCGAAGUACCGGCUGGUUUCAGACUGCAGAGAUAAAAGCGUGAGAAGUUUUGCUGUCGUGCUUUGGCGCGGCUGCUUUGUUUUAAAGGGUCCGGUCGGCACGGAGUGGGGAUAGGCAGAUCUUCCUUUCCCUGCAUGCCUCGGUGCGAGGGGAAGGUGCCUAUUUCUGCAGGGGCUGGUUUCGUAAAUCGCCCUUCCUAUAGGGAGGAGCCGGCAUAUAGGGUGAUGGGGCGGGAAAGACCGCUCAUCGCACACUGCGAAGAGGAGAAAGUCAGAAACUUUGUUUGGUAAGGGAGUAGGGGAGAUCAGACCCUGUGUGGGGCGGAGGGGAAAAAAAACCUGCUGCUCUAGAGCGGGGCGAGGGGAGGAAUCCAGUGAACUGGUUCUUUUAAUUGCCCCAGUCUUCAGCGCGGUCAGUUUCGUUCAUAGCUCCUCCCCACAAAUCCAACCUCGUGUUGCACAGAUUGUAAUGAGAGCUAAAUUACUGAGAAGGGGGUAUGCAGGCUCCUCGGAAUUGGGGAGUGGGCUUGCAUUGGGAAGUUCCUCGUUCAGGCUUGUCUGUGGCUGCUUUGCAGAAGGUGGCGUUAUGGUGCUCCCUCCUGCCUAUCUGGAGCAAGCCUGUAUAGAAGUACAGUGGUACCUCGGGUUACAUACGCUUCAGGUUACAUACGCUUCAGGUUACAGACUCCGCUAACCCAGAAAUAGUACCUCGGGUUAAGAACUUUGCUUCAGGAUGAGAACAGAAAUCGUGCUCCGGCAGCGCGGCAGCAGCAGGAGGCCCCAUUAGCUAAAGUGGUGCUUCAGGUUAAGAACAGUUUCAGGUUAAGAACAGACCUCCAGAAUGAAUUAAGUACUUAACCCGAGGUACCACUGUAGUUCCCUAAGUGGGCGGCUCCGCCGUCUGCUGGGCUUUGGGUGUGCGGGGCGCUAAGAGGCAAGGGAGAUGCAGGGAAAGCUGCCAUCACCAGAUCAAGUCCAUCCAUUCCGUGGAAUUAAUAAAAUAGUUUUACUUGGGUAGUGACUAAAUGUGCAAUUAAUUGUUACUGUUUUGAAUUCUAUUGUGUUAAUCAUCUUCUAUAGUGGGCUGUGCAAUCCAGUACAGUGGUACCUCGGGUUAAGAACUUAAUUCAUUCUGGAGGUCUGUUCUUAACCUGAAACUGUUCUUAACCUGAAGUACCACUUUAGCUAAUGGGGCCUCCCGCCGCCGCUGCACGAUUUCUAUUCUCAUCCUGAAGCAAAGUUCUUAACCCGAGGUACUAUUUCUGGGUUAGCGGAGUCUGUAACCUGAAGCGUCCAUAACCCGAGGUACCACUGUAUCCUAAACAAAUACUUUCCAUAGGAUGGGGAGCACUGGAGAUGUGUUUAUGGAACCAAGGGGGUGGUGUUCCAAAAGGUUAGGGUUCCAUUGCAGGGGGUGGGGUGAAGAGACGAUUGGGCAUUACUAAGGAGCUUGAAUUUGGCACCAGUGCUAAAAAAUUUUUUUCAUGUCAUGGCUCUACCCAGCCAUGAACUAGAAUAAUUGUGAAGUGAGCUUGGAUUUGGCCCUGGGAUUUGUUUUUGAUGCCAGGGCUCAGCCCUCUCUUGAAUUGAUAUUGUGCAGAGUACCUCAAUUAUGGCCUUAAGUGCAACCUUCCUCUUAAUAAACACCUGAUACCUAACGGUCAGUGGGUAGGUAGAAAAAGUGAGGUUUUAGAAAUGUAUCUCCAUCAGUCCCAUUCAGAUGAUGCAGUCAAGUGUAAUCCUACUGCAUUAAUUGGAUAUAAAUGUAAAAAGAAAAGAAAGAAAGAAAACAAUCUGAACUUGCUGGUGUUUGACCGUAGUCCACCCUAAGAUAGCAACUGUUUAGCAGUGACCGUAGACUCCAAUCAUCAACCUUGCUUCAUGUUCAAGGACCUCAUGAUAUGCCUGAUAAACCACCAAUUCUCAUCUAUAUCUAAAGUUUUCCAUUUAUGGCUGGAGUGCUAUUGUAAUUCAUGGCUUAUCCUGGAUUCUUCAAAUAUCAGAUUGAUAAUGAUGGACAAAGGUCCUUUGGUAUGAUAGUGAUGGGUGAAAUGUUAGGGCUUUGAGAUUUAGCAGUUUAGUGUGGAUUUUAUUCCUGCGAAGUGCUUUCUGUGCUAAGCAGAGAAGUUGUAGACCCAGUUUGACCAAUAUUGCAUUCCUUCCCCCACCUACGGUAAUUUUAUCUUCACCACAAUCUUGUGAGGUCCACUAGGCUGAGUGAUAGCAACUGAUCGGUUUUUGCAAGAAGUCUUUUAAAAACAUUGGGAGAGAUAGCACAAUACGUACUCUUUACAGCUGAUUUCUGGGCAAAACUUUUGUGUCCAGAUUUUCACUUUUUGAAAUAUGGCAACCCUAUAUUAUUAAAUUGUUGUUAUUGUUUUAUUAUGAACUCCCCUGGAAAUAUUAUAAAGGGACACCUAACUAAUAAACACAAUUUUAGCUAUUUAUGAGAUGUGGUAUCUAAUGGAUGGAUAUCUGAUAAGUACUAUUGUUCCCAUUUUACAGAUGUUGAGGGGGGGAAACUGAAGCCAAGAGAAUAGUGUUUUGUCUAAGGCUGCCCACAACCCAAUUCUAUUCAUGUUCACUUGACUGCAUUUUUUAUGGAUAGUAAUGGGAGCCACUGCCAAAUAAGCAGUGUUUUCUGCUGCUCCAGAGAAGCGGACACGGAGCAAUGGAUCCAAACUACAAGAAAGAAGAUUCCACCUAAACAUUAGGAAGAACUUCCUGACAGUAAGAGCUGUUCGACAGUGGAAUUUGCUGCCAAGGAGUGUGGUGGAGUCUCCUUCUUUGGAGGUCUUUAAGCAGAGGCUUGACAACCAUAUGUCAGGAGUGCUCUGAUGGUGUUUCCUGCUUGGCAGGGGGUUGGACUCGAUGGCCCUUGUGGUCUAUUCCAACUCUCUGAUUCUAUGAUUCUAAGCAUGCAGAGGAUUGCAGACCUAGUGCAGACCUGAACCUCAAAUGACCUAUUUGACACUCCGCUCAAAUCACUUAGCCUUUGUGCAGGGGCGGCAACUUCUGUGUGACUAAGCAGUAUACUCCUGAGCACUGGUUGCUGUGAAAAGAUAGCUGUGCUGGUUAUGCAACAUAAUCUUUCAGUGUGGAAGGCUCCUGUUUGAGGCAACAGAGAGCAACACCCUUUUCCAGAACAUGCCAUUUCAUUUCCUCCUCCCCCAUUUUUCACCCCAGUAGAUGCUCAGCAUCCUGUGCCCACAGAGCAUGCUAAGUCCUUAUUUCCUCCCUAUAUUUUAAGAAUGUUUCUUCCAACCUCUUCUGCAUGGCUGGUUCCAUUUUGGCAACCUAUAGAGUGCCACUCAGCUCCAGAACGUUCGAGGAAAUUACGAUUGCCUCACAGGUGCUGGCAACCUCCCUUCAUACUCUGUUUGCACCUGGCUAGCUUCCUCUGGUUACAAAAUGGACUAAGUGCACUUUGCACCAAAGCAGCAAGUCAGUUGUGAUAUACCGUAUUAUUCUGUGUAUAAGACGAUGCUUUUUGCUAAAAAGAAUUAGGCAAAAAUUGGGUGUCGUCUUAUACAUGGAUAGUGAAUGUAGAGGGGGGACGUGUGAUUAAUGGCAGCAGCAAACAGGAGAUUGGCAGCGGCGAUUGGGCGGUUGAUUGGUGGCUGCGGCAAGGCCUGCAGGCGAUUGGCUGUGGCUGCAGCAGUUGGGCAGGCGGCUGUGGCAAGGCCUGCUGGUGAUUGGCUGUGGCAAGUGGGCGGGUGGGCUGUUGGUGGCGGCGAGUGGGCAGAAAAUUGGCUGCGGUGAGAUGUGCGAUCGGCAGUGGCUGUGGCAAGCGAUUGGCAGUGGCGGGCAGGCGAGUGAGUGAUUGGCGAAAGUGACCUCCCCCACCUCCCCCCAAAAGCUAAACAACUUAAUUUCUUAAUUUUGUGUUCAAAAAAAUAGGGGUCGUCUUAUACAUGGGGGCAUCUUAUACAUGGAAAAAUAUGGUCGGUGUUUGUGGGGGGGGAGCACAAAUAGAUAUAUACGCACAAAUCUAAAAUGGCAUUGGGAAAAUCUGGAGGGAGCAAUUGCUCGGAACAAAAUCCUGUAAUGUGCAGGUUUUGCAAUUCAUGAACUAUUAAGAGCCACAGCAUCUUUUUAUUUUUUAUAUUAUUAGAAUAACAGCUAUGAUGUGUUAUCUUUAUCUAUUUAUAGACAAUGACUGGAAGUAGCAGCAAAAAGCACAGCAUGGAUGCAGAAAACCCCGUCAAGGAAACAGUCCUUAUUACAGGAGGAGGUGGUUAUUUUGGUUUCCGGUUAGUAUACUUUUAUUUUAGGACACAUGGAGCAAUUAUAUUUAGCAAUGAAGCAAUAUGUUUGUUUUAAAUAAUUUAUUAUUUUAAUUUCUUUCUCCCCUCACCAACACACACACACACACACACACACACACACAUUUCUAUGUACACACAUACACUAUACAGCUAUGGGGAAAGGCCGUAGCUCAGUGAUAGAUGCAUGUGGAAGGUCCCACUUCAGUCUUCAAAAUCUAGCUCUGUAUUGUCUGCAAUGGCUGGCAGCAACUCUCCAGGGCUUCAGGCAGGAGCCUCUGCCAACCCUACCUGUAGAUGCCAGGGUUUGAACUCAGGGACCUUCUGCAUGUAAAGCAGAUGUGCUACCUGUAAUUUCAUAAUUUUGAUUCCCACCAGUUCAAUCAACGGAAGCUUAGGUUGGGUUGGUCUACUGAUGAAAGUCUGCAGGCCACGUAGUUAUUAUCAGUAGAACCGUGAAAAGCCCCUUUGAGUGAAAACAGAGGGGUGUUAGGUAGAUUUCUGUUUAAUUAUUAUUUGCUGGUGUUUUGAGAGUUCCUUUGAUUGCGAAAUAAUAUACCGUAUUUUUCGCUCUAUAGGACGCACUUUUUCCCCUCCAAAAAUUAAGGGGAAAUGUGUGUGCGUCGUAUAGAGCAAAUGCAGGCUCCUUGGCUUAAGCGAUAGCAACGCGGAGCCUCCAAAGCGCAGAGGGAGCCUGAAGCUUGCGGAGCAAGACUCUCCUGGCUUCAGCAGAGAGGGAGAGCUGCGCAGCUUCCCUUCAGCCAAGCAGGAAGAGAAAUGGAAGGGGCUCCAUUUCUCCUGCCAUUUCGCUGAAGGGGCGCUGAGCAGAGAGGGGGAGUUUUUUUUUCUUGUUCUCCCUCUCUAAAACAAAGUGCGUCCUAUUGGUCCAGUGCAUCCUAUAGAGCGAAAAAUACGGUAUUCUAACUGGUAUUGAAUAGUACCUUAUUUGAUGUAAGGUGUUUGUUUCAAAGUCAUAUAUUUUAUUAUUUGGAUUGGAUUGCCUGUCACAUUCCAGCCUAGGUGUUGCCCUUUCCAAGAAGGGAGUAGAUGUCAUCCUCUUUGAUGUCACUGAGCCCAUCCAACCGAUGCCACAAGGAGUGAAAUUUGUGCAGGGUGAUGUGCGUGUGGUCUCCGAAGUGGAAAGGGCACUCCGAGGUGCAACCUGCGUCUUCCAUAUUGCUUCCUAUGGGAUGUCUGGCCGGGAGCAGCUGAACCGAAAACUUAUAGAAGACAUCAACCUCAAGGGGACAGAAAACAUAAUUGAAGCUUGCAAGAAAGUGGGCGUCUCAAGGCUGGUUUACACGAGCACCUACAAUGUGGUUUUUGGGGGCCAAGCGAUCGAAAACGGGGAUGAGUCUCUGCCUUAUUUCCCUCUUCAUCUCCACCCUGACCAUUACUCGAGGACCAAAGCCUUAGCUGAGAUGAAGGUUCUGGAAGCAAAUGGAAGCUCCCUUGAGGGAGGGCAAGGGUUGCUGAGGACCUGUGCCUUGAGACCUGCCGCCAUCUAUGGGCCUGGAGAGCAGAGACAUCUGCCGAGGAUCCUUGGCUACCUCGAACAGGGCUUGUUUCAGUUCCUGUUUGGGGAUCCCGGAGACCUAAUGGACUUUGUACAUGUGGACAACUUGGUAGAAGCUCACAUCUUAGCUUCCGAAGCUCUGGGAGAUAGUAAGGGUCACAGGUCAGCUGGUCAAGCUUACUUCAUUUCAGAUGGCAGACCAAUCAACAACUUUGAUUUUUUCCGGCCUUUCGUAGAAGGCUUAGGCUACCCCUUUCCGACUUACCGUCUCCCUCUGUCUGUUGUUUACUACUUCGCAUUUCUCACUGAGAUGGUAUAUUCCGUGGUUGGGCGCCUAUAUAACUUCCAGCCCUUCCUCACUCGCACAGAAGUUUACAAAAGUGGCGUCUCUAAUUAUUUCAGCCUGGAAAAGGCCAAGAGGGAGCUGGGGUACGCACCAUGUCCACACAGCAUUAAAGAAUCAGUCGAGUGGUUUAAAUCUCAUGGCUAUGUCCAUAAGUCCAGGAGGUACACUGCAAAACAUUUAUUUAGGGACAUGGUACUUGUCCUCCUGUUUGCAGUGGUGAUCCUUUCCUGGUUCCCCAGAGUCUUCUGAUGGGAGAUACUAGCGAGGAGACAAGCUUCUUUGUACAGUGGUACCUCAGGUUAAGUACUUAAUUCGUUCUGGAGGUCUGUACUUAACCUGAAACUGUUCUUAACCUGAAGCAUCACUUUAGCUAAUGGGACCUCCUGCUGCUGCCGUGCCGCCGGAGCACGAUUUCUGUUCUCAUCCUGAAGCAAAGUUCUUAACCUGAAGCACUAUUUCUGGGUUAGCGGAGUCUGUAACCUGAAGCGUAUGUAACCUGAGGUACCACUGUACUUCUUUUAACACUGGUAAAAUAACGUGUUGGGAAUCAACCCUUCUUUGCUAACCCAGAUGUAGGAACAUCUUAAGGCAGAUCCACACAUACAUUUAAAGCACAUGACUCCCCCCUCCACAAGAAUCCUGGGAACUGUAGUUUGCUAAGGGUGCUGAGUACUGUAGUUCUGUGGAAGGGAGACGAUUCUUUGGGGUUGUUGCCCUCUACCCAGGGAAGUAAAUAUGCAUUCCAGCCAAGCAAAACCACUUGAGGUGGAGGCAGAGCAGGCACAGAAGUACAGCCCCAUGAAAGUCCUGAGGGCCGAAUAGAGAGGUUUGGAGGGCCACAUUCAGACCCUGGGCCUGAGAUUCCCCACGCCUGGUGCAGACAGUGCUGAGCUAGAUGGCCCAAUGAUCUGAUCCCUGUUCCUACAUUAUGUUUUAUUAUGGAAUUGUAGAGUUGGAAGGGACCUUAAGCCAUCCCUGGGUGGCUCGAACCACAUUUAAACACAUUGCACCACCCUUUCUCCUCCAUGGACCACCUGAAAACUGCUGUGGGUUUUAGAGCAGCACUUCAUGAUCCCCCCUCCCCCCUGCCUUUUGUAGCAAUUGUAAUGGGCUGUGCAGGACACUGUAUGAUAUUUUAAUUUCUUUUUUUACCUAUUACAUUUAAUUGAAUUACGGUUUGAAUUCCAAACAGUGCAACUUGUCUCAAAAUAAAAUGCUGUAUCAGAAAUAGACGAUAAAGUACAAUUAAAUGCGGUGAUUGUUUCCUCUCCCAUCCUUGAUUGUAAAUUCACAGACAACCUGAAGCUCGCUGUCCAUCAUUUGGGAACCCCUUUUUCUGUUGUGUCUGUAAUAUUUUGCCUCUUGGAGUACUUGUAAAAGGUGUUAUAUCUAAUAACUGCCGGAGCCUCACACUUGGCAAAACUUGAGGUUUUAUGGGUUUGUUGCUGAUGUUUAAUUAUAAACACACCUGCUUGCUGGCUGAUGCCUACAGGGGGUAUUCUAAUCGCUCUUCCAGCAAACUCACAGCUUCAAAGUUUCUUCCUAGCGCCCUUGUUGUAAGUACUUCUCCUUUUAUGCUUGUUUCAUGUUCCCUUGCUUGCAAUGUUCUUUCUGGAAACAGAAAAAUAAAUAAAUAAAAGCCUUAACUUAAGCCGUGUAAUCCAAAAGGGGCUUCGGUCGAACAUGGAGAUGAAUGAUGUUGGAACGGCAGUUACGAGGCUGCUGUUUUCCGUCUUCUGCCCGUUAUAGCACCGAGCGGAAAUAUCAAGCAGACUUUAAAUUUAUAAUCUAGGGAGCUGCCAUUUUUACAUUUGGAGUGAGCCUCCAUAUUGAUAACGUUAAAUCCCAGGCUUGCAGCCUCUUAAAUUACUUCUGCGUUUCGGAAUCUGAAGCCAGCUGAAGUCUCUGCUUGUUUCUCGCUAAGCCCCAAAAGUUUUUAAUGGGGGAUUAUAUUUCAGAUGGGAGGUAAACGGGUAUUUUUAUUUUUUAAAGCAAAUUGGUCGGCAAAGGCCUUCAUCCCCUUCGGCUUUUAUAGGAUCAGCGUGUGGUGCAGUUUUUGGCAACAGUCCUGUUGAGUCAUUUGGCAAUGUGUGACUGUAAUGUGAGACAUUGGGGGGUGGGGGAGUCAUGUGACCUACCCCACUGUUGGACCGCACACCUGUGUGUAAAUAUGGGUGACCCCACUUUCUUGCCUUACCCAGUUACAGUCAACGUGUUCUUAAAUGCCUAAUCAGGGCUCAUGUCGGGCAGAAGAACGUUAUCCACCUGAGGGCUGCAUUUAGAUGCUUAUAGUAGUACAUUGGUUCCUGAACUGGGUGGUAUUGCCCCCUGGGGACAAUGGGAUAACUAGGCAGGUGCUGAGAGGCAAGGGGACAGCAGGUGGUCUCUGAAGAUGUAACUGACUAUCAGACUUUGAAAAGCUGAUAUCACUGGAUCAAGUUUGUCAGUUUUAUUGAAUUAAUUAAACUGAAUCAUUUUAACUCAACCUUGAAUAAAUGUGCAAAUCAUUGUUA